GGGUUCGCUGUUUGUUUGUGUAGCUUCAUGGUGAAAAUGGCGGUGCGGAGAGAGAGAGAGCAGUGCGAGGAUUAAAUACAACAAUAACGCGCCGCUCCGGCUGACAGCGGCCACGCGACUCACGGCGGAAGACGCAGGGCCGUUUCCAGCGCAGGGUUUAUCUUCACUUCCGGCUUUUAAGCUCAGGAUGCGGGCUGAAAGCGCGCUGCGUCCCGGGUCUCGGUUAGCUCGCGGCUAGCUCCGUUAGCUCGGCUAGCCUUCAACUAGCAGCACGCAAUCUCAUUGGCUAAACGCGCGCUCGAGCCGCGACUCGCGCAAAACAAACAAACACAAGCUGGACUGGGUUCCGCGCGGUCAGAGCUGCACGCGCGCGGUGUCGGAUUAAAGAGCGCGCGCGGAUUAACGCUCCAACCGGACAGAAGCAGCGGGAGUGCAGCGCGCGCGCCGAGUCCGGGCUCCGCACAACAUUUGCAUGAGACCGAGUGCGGGAUUGAUCGCAUCCCUCCAUCCCACCAGGUUGUGUUGAGUGUGCCAUUGUUUUCCGGCAGCCGCAGUGGGAUGGUGCUGCAUGACAUUGAGGGCAUGGCACUGUAGCCCCCUCUGCUUCACGUCUCUGUUCGUCUGUCACCGUCACACGAGGCCAGUGCCGUGGACCGCAGAGAACAGACUUUCUCUCCAUGAGCACCUUUGCAUAAGCUCAACAUGAGUGCCUCAGGAGAGAGUGCCCUUGACCCUGUCACCCCGGAGUCACGCAAAAGGAAAGGCUCUCCUUGUGACACCUCUGGUCCGAGCAGUGGGGAGAAGCGGCGCAGGGAGCUGGAGAGCCGUUAUAUCGAUGAGCUGGCUGAGCUGCUGUCUGCCAACAUGGGUGACCUUACCAGCCUCAGCAUGAAGCCAGAUAAAUGCCACAUCCUCAAGAGCAUGGUGGACCAGAUCCAGCAAAUCAAGCGGCGAGAGCAGGAAAAAGUCGCUCUGAUGUCCCCUGAUGACGACGUGCAGAAGAGUGAUGUGUCCUCCAGCAGUCAGGGCAUGGUGGAGAAGGAGGCUCUCGGUCCUCUCCUCCUUGAGGCCCUGAACGGCUUCUUCUUCGUGGUGAACCGUGAGGGUCGGAUUGUGUUUGUAUCCGAGAAUGUCACAAACUACCUAGGUUACACCCAGGAAGAGUUGAUGACCUCCAGCGUCUACAGCAUCCUGCACGUGGGAGACCACAAUGAGUUUGUGCGCAACCUACUCCCCAAGAGCCUCGUCAAUGGGGUUCCGUGGCCGCAGGAGCAGGGUCAGCGGAACAGUCACACAUUUAACUGUAGGCUGUUGAAGAGGCCUCCAGAUGAGGCGGAUGCAGAAAACCAGGAGGCGCGGCAGCAGUAUGAGCACAUGCAGUGUUUCACUGUCUCUCAGCCCAGAGCAGUGCAGGAGGAAGGCGAAGACUUGCAGAGCUGCCUGAUAUGCAUAGCGUGUCGUGCGCCCCGAGUGCCACCCAUCCCCGUCAGUACGGAGUCCUUCAUCACCAGGCAGGACCCCACAGGGAAGAUCAUCUCCAUCGAGACGAGUGCUCUGAGAGCCACAGGCCGGCCAGGCUGGGAGGACCUGGUCAGGAAGUGCAUCUAUGCAUUCUUCCAGCCACAGGGCAAAGAACCCUCCCAUGCCAAGAAGCUGCUACAAGAGGUGAUGACCCAUGGUACGGCCAUCAGCCCUCUGUACCGAUUCACGCUUAGUGACGGGACGCCCCUCAGUGCACAGACUCGCUGCAAGUUCUGCUGCCCUCCCAACCCCGACGAACAGCCCUUCAUCAUGGGCAUCCACACUAUCGACAGGGAAAACAACACUGCUAGCUCUCAGGAAAACACUACCCAUAGCCUCUUGUCCACAGCGGCUGCCCCGGCUUGCUCUCCUGCCAUGCAGCCCUCUGGCGACGUCAGUCUGCAUCACAACAAUGCCAACGGAGGCACAUCUGCCCCUGGUACCACCAUGCCCACCCGGAUCGCACCUCCCCCGCAGCAGGGCAGCAGCCUGUCGCCACUGGGCAGCCCUCUCACAGCCACCCCUACCUCGUUCAUGUCUCCCCGGCCUCCCCGAGCCAGCCCAGGCCUGGCAAACAGCCCACGUGUCUCAGGCCACCCUUUCUCACCCCCUACACCUGGCAUUCACUCUCCUGCUGGCACACUGGCACGGCAGCAAUCAGGUGGUGAUGGGCUCCCUUUCUCUCUCCCUUCUCCACUAGCCAGACAGACUCCCACACCCAGCAGCUCACCCGCACGUCCAUCUCCAGCUAAGCCACCCGAGCCGGGCCACAACGAUGAACCCAGAAGUACUAUCCCCAAACUCAGCCAGCUUCUGGAUGGCACGGCAGUCCAUGAGACCUCACAUGCCUCCCAAAGUCGCUCAGCACCCUCUGGCCAAUGCCCAGCAUCCCACAGCACACUGACCGAGCGCCACAAGAUCCUUCACCGCUUACUCCAGGACAGCCCUGUCGACGGCGCCAACGAGACCGAGAUCAAGAAGGAGCUGUCAGCGAGCAGCCCGAGACCCGGUCUGGUGCUGCCACUUGCCAUGGGAAAUGCCAAGCAGCAGCAGGACCACCAACUGCUGCGCUUCCUGCUUGACACAGACGAGAAUGACCUGGUGGACCUGCCCCCACCUGCUAUGCUAAGCUUGGACACGGUGCGCGUCAAAGCCGAGAAGAAACUAGGAGACGAAAGUGGGCAGUGUAGCGCUGCCACGCCUCCUGUUCCGCCAGUCACAUGCUCAUCCAAAUCCAGUGAUAAGCCCAGUCCGCAGUUUCCCAGUGCUGAUCUGCAUACAUUGAACCAGGUCCUGCCCACUCACAGGCCUGUGGGUGAAAAGUCAGUGGACGAGACAGGGCUGCCCCAGCAGGGCGGUGACAGUAUUCCCGUUGGCGUGAGCGUGAAACAUGAAACACCUGGAACACCCAGCCGUGUGUUCUCCGAUGGCUCUAGUCUCCAGAGUCGGUCUCCCUUUGACUUCUGCAGUCCCUCCACACCCACCCAGGCUCAGAGUCAGGGUCUGGGUUCGGGUCAGGCACUGGGGCAGGCUGAUCCCUUUCAGCUACCCAAGGAGAACAGCAGCCCCUUCAGUGACCCCACCAGCCUCCCCAUAUUCAACACCAACACAGGCCUGGCUAAGCUGGAUGUCCCUGAGUCACAGCAGUUCCAGUCCAUGUCCCUGCCUGAAACCAUGGCAUUUGAUGGCACUCUGGGGAACCAUGCACAUGCUCCUCUGUCCUCACCUCAAGAGCAAUGCGUUCCGUGUCCUCUGGAUGAGAUGCUAAUCCCGCCUUCCACUACGGAAGCUCGGAACGAUGAGAAGGCCCUGCUCGAGCAGCUCUUGUCUUUCCUGAGUGGUACAGAUGAAAGUGAGCUUGCUGAGCUGGACCGGGCACUGGGCAUCGACAAGAUUGUCCAGAGUGGAUGCCUAGAUCAAAUCACCCAGCGUUUUACCCAGCCUCAGCCAUCGACCCCUGUGCCUAGCUACCCAUCCCAGUUCCCCACCUCUCCUUCACAAUUCCCAGCUGAGAUAAACACGACACAAGGUAUGAGCUUCGGGGCACCGCGCGUACCCUUCCCGGGCAACGUGGGCAUGAACACAAUGCGGCCUGGAAUGAACCGGGCCCCAGGGAUGCCCACUCAGAUGCGCCUGCCACCUAACCAGUUGAGGCUGCAGCUUCAGCAGCGUGUACAGGGCCCACAGCAGUUACAGAACAGGUUGGCGGCCAUGAGCCAGUUUCCACAGGGGGUGCCCGUCGCAGUGGGGGUAAGGCAAGGCAUGCAGCAGAUGCCGUCACAGCCCCCACUCAAUGCUCAGAUGCUUGCCCAGAGGCAAAGGGAGCUGUACAGCUUCCAGCACCAUCAGAGGCAACUGCUGCAGCAGAAAGUCAUGAUGAUGAGGCAGGGGAUAAACCCAGGACCCAUGGGAGUCCAGCGUGUCCCCAAAGGCCCUCAGCAGCCACAGCAACAGCAGCCGUUUGGCUACAGUCCAGGCUACAACAAUGUCCCUGGAAGCACCCCUACCUCUCCCAGCCACUUCAACCCCAUGGGGACACCGCUGGACCCCAAGCUGUCUGCCAGGCUGCCCAUGGCAAACCAAGGCAUGAUAGGAGGCAUACAGGGGCAGUUUGGGGGAUCAGUGAACUCUCCUGUUCAGCAGGGACUCUUCCAGCAGUUCGGGGGUGCAGGUAUGGUCCAGCAAGGAGAUCCAUCAUUCCCCCCUGAACUUGGUCCCACCAGCCCCUUGCUGUCACCACAGAACCCCACCUCCCAGAGUCCUUUGCUUCAGCAGACCCAGCCCCCACCUGGCUAUCAGUCACCUGACAUGAAGAACUGGCAAGGUGGUGUGACUAACAGUCUGUAUAACCAAACUGGCCAGACUAGCUCGCAGAGUUUUGGCCAGCAGGGUGUGUACAACAACAUGAGCAUCACUGUCUCCAUGGCCGGGGGCUCAGGAGCUGCGGGUUCACUACCUCCGAUUGGACCACCAGUUGGCAUUGGCAACAACAACCUUGGCAGCGUCAGCUCUAUGUGUAACGAUCAGGUACAGCAGGUUCAAGUGUUUGCCGACGUCCAGUGCACGGUAAAUCUCGUGGGGAGUGACUCCUACCUGAAUCAGCCAGGGCAAGUAGGGCACCAGAAGCCUCAGAGCAGCACCAGCACUUCCCAGUCGCAGCAGAAGAGCCUCUUACAGCAGCUCCUGACCGAGUGACCCUAACACACACACACACACACAUGUACACACACACACACAUAUACAUAUACACACACCCACACUCACCUGUGUAGAGAUGUCCCCGACAAUGUCAAGAGUUUCUAUUCGUCGCCUUUCGGUUUCUGUAUGGGGAAUACCUGCUGGGCUCGGGAUCCGUGGGCCCAGGUUGAUGGCAUCUCGCAGCCUGUUAGACAGCUAAUGCAGCGCUCAUUCCUGGUCACCUACUUUUCCAAGUCUGCUUCCUCAAUAGGGGUCAAAACAAGUGAAUACAAAGAUCGCGUUCCGGAAAUUUGCCAAGUUCUGUAAAAGGACCUGCUGCUUUUUCGCCAGCUGACAUCCCUAACUGGGCCAUCGGUGCAGUGCUUCUUGGAAACCGGGGCAGGCAACCGCUCCGGUUCUGCUGCAGCGAUCCACGUGAGCCUCGGUCCAUGGGGCAACACUUCAGAGUGUUAAGGUUCUCUCCGCACUGGACAGCUCAGUUUCAGCUGGAUCUGUGACUGAUGAGCUCUCCCCAGAUGAUAGGGGAGAGUUUCCCAAUGUUUUGUUCUCUCUGUCUGUCUUUCUUUCUUUCUCUCUCUCUCUCCUGCGUUUUAUUCUUUUCUUUCCUUUCAUGGCCUGUUUUGUCAGAACAAGCGUUGCCAGGUUGGGAGAAACCUCUCACAUCUGCUACAGGCUUUCCUGGGAGUACUCGUUUUAAAAACGGCAGACAUUUAAAAAAAAAAAAAAAAAAAGAUUAAGUAAAUAAAUAAAUAACUAGACGAACCUUCGAAAACGUCCCUCCACCUCUCAGCAGCUGCGAAUACGAGCCACUUAGGGUCGCAUCAGCCUAUCAGUGUUGUUUGCCAUGUGUAUUGUGCAGGUUGGUAUUAUUGUACAGCACAAAAGUGGACAAAGGUCAGGACAAACUCUCACACUUACUUUCUAAGUUCGUUUUGAAAAACAUUGUUGAAUCGGUCUGCAACCAACCAUCAUUUGAAUGCAUUGACGUCAUGGGUUUCAAACUGGCUCUCUUCUUUUAUAGCUUUGAGAAUGGUGUUUUUUGUUUUGUUAUUAUUAUUUUAAAAGAAUAAUGUUUGAAAUCAAGAAAUUGUAUGGACUUCAGUAAUACAGCUGAAUAUUACCUGGGGAGGUGUCGCAACUUUUCAUGAAGGAAAGGGAAAGGUCAGGUCUUGCUAUAUAUAUAUAUAUAUAUAUAUAUAUAUAUAUAUAUAUAUAUAUAUAUAUAUAUAAAACUUUCUGAUUGAUAUUGGUAUGCUUUUGUGUUUUCUGGCACCCCAGUACAUGUCCCAAAUUCCAUAACCUAAUGAAGCUGAACUGAUCGAAACUGAUUUUGAUAAUUCAGUGGGGUUUACUAUUGCUUUGUGUUCAUAGACAGUCUAGGAAUCCCGAGUUUCUUAUUUCUGGCUCUGUAAGGACGAGGCGUUGUCCCUCGCACACACGCCGUUGACUGCGUCCUCCAGCUCUUUGACUGCUCAUGUGACUACUGUUCGCCCAGUCAGACACUGUUCUUCAUCAGCAUCGUCCUCGCCUCAUUCGCUUCCUCCUUUCAUCCUCCCUGUCUUUUUCUUUUUUUUUUUUAAAGACUCCUCAUUAUGGUGAAGCACACAGACAGCAUUCUGUUUUUCAUCACCACAUGCAAUAACGAUCAAUUGUAUGCACAGGCAAGAAUUUGACAACACAAGAAUCUGUUCAGAGGAAUUCGGAAGCGAUAAAAAGGCUUUAUCAGAUGUUAUAGAUUUAAAAAAAAAAAAAAAGUACGGUUCAAAAUUUCUCACCAGGUACAUAGAUAAAACCUGUUUCGCAAAAAAAAAAAAGUGCAUGAACAUCUCCCACCCCAAGCUGCCAACUCCUCAUCCUACACAAAACCAUGGUCUCUGAUUUGUCGAACACUCUGUGUACAUUUCAGUCGUGUGUUUUUGUGUGUGUGCUGUGUAUUCAAAGAAUGGCUCAUUAUUAUUGGUUUUAUUUUUUUAGAUCAAUCCCACACCAAGAUGAACUUACAGCUUGCAUGUUGGUGAAACAGCGAGGCCUUUCCUGAGCCACUUUUUGAUAUAAAUGUACAUACACAUUGCAAACAAAUUACACAAUAGGUUUACAGUACGUUACAUGUACUGUCCCAAGGGUUUAAAAAAAAAAGGAUUUGGCGGUUUAAAACGUCCAGAAUGUGAAAGGUGAUGAGGAAUGACCUGUUCUUGCAUGGUUAAGAUGCGUGUUUCUGCUUCAGACAGGUUAUUCUGUACAAUGAAGUCUCGUUUUGUUAUGUGCCAGUUAAUCAGGUACUUUUUUUUUUUUCUUUUAACAAAGUCCUGUUCAUACCGUUUCUGAGAUGCCAAAUAUACCACAUUAGAAUGCAGUGCCUAUUAACAAUGGCUUACUCUUUAAUAAUUCUUUAAUAAAUGGCUCUUGGUCAGUUCAGUUCCACUCCAAGGUACAAUGGUUUAUCGUGUAAAUAACAGACAAAUGUGAAUAUGUAUUUGUUCUACAAGUCAACAAUAUUGUAGUGCUCCAAGUUUGUGGUAAUAACUACUUUCUUCCUUUUUUUUUUUCUCCUCCUCUUUUUUUUUUUGGGGAUGUGUAUGACUGUCUGAAAGUAUCUGUGUGGUUAAUACUGUAUAUCAGAUGUUUAAAAAUGGAAACGUCCUGAUUUUUUUUUUUUUUCCGAUUUAUUCUUUUCUUUCUUUUAAUUGUAUACCUGCAUCUUUCCUUUUUGGGUGUUCAGAUCUUUUAUGUGAGAAUGGUUUUUAGCGACUGCUGAAUGUGACUUUACUGAGAGAGAAGCAGCAUGGUCUGGCUUUCGUACGGGUUAAUUUAAAAAAAAAAAAAAAGGUAAAAAAAAAAAAAAAGGCCGUAUUAUUUAAUUUUUCCGUAAAAGGUUUAAACAGCUCUGAGGAAGUGGAACCUUGGUUUGAGGUGAACGGUGCUCAGGUAUUUCAGAUUUCAUUUGCCACAAGUCCCCCGUGUCCCCCUCCCAAAGGAAUAAUGACCAAAGCUUCGAGUAUCAAGAAAAAAAAAAAAAUCUUUAUAUGCAAAGCCUCAUACGAUUUGGAUAGAAUUAAUGUAGCAUCACUGUUUAUCUUCACUAGACAUCACGUACUUUAGUGUAGUUCAUGGCUAACACUACUGCUCUGUAGUGCCGAUUUCUGUUCGGGUUUUCUUUCUUAUAGAGUUUUUCCAGCCCUCACAGCAUGAAGAAAUGACGACAUCAUGUGAUCACUGUUUUUUCAGGAAGAGAAACGAACCACAGCUAUGCACCUUAAACGAGACCCGAUUCUCGUUUCUGAUUCCGAUGGUGUUUUUUGUUUUGUUUUGUUUGUUUUCAGCUCACAGAAAUACCUGAUUUAUAGUUUGAAGCAUGGUUUUGGGCUAAAAAAAAAUAAAAAAUAAUAAAAAAAAAAAAUCCACACUGAUGCAAGGUUUCUUAAAUCUUUGACUUUAUUUAGCUAAAUUCUUUAUACCAAAUUUGAGGUGCCUGUUGUAUAUAUUUUCUGCAUAGAGGGACUGCUCCUCUUGUUUGUGGAUUUUUCUUAUCAACGAAGAUUUUCUUAUAUCGACCUUUCUAAGAAGACGUUUGCUGUAUUUUACAUGGUUUCUUUUUUUUUUACUCAAAAACGUUCCAGGAAUUUGCAAGGAAUACAAUCUAGUUUUGCACUUUAUAAUUCAAUUCAAAGGAAAAGUGGCCAUCGUUAGGGAAAAAAAAAAAAACACGAAAAAAAAACAACCCAACAACAAAAACUCCAACCCAAGUCACAGAGCUUUGACAUUAGUAACUACAAAUGUCCCCUGAAUGUAAUGGAGUCCAGAGUCCUUUUGCUUUUUUUUUUGAUGUCAACUUUCUCAGGUUCUUCAGAGAGAACUUGGCCGUAGCCCGUCGUCCUUCAUCAGCGAGCGAGCAGGGUAACCUCACUUUACGCUACGUUUACGUCAACUUCUCGUAAUUGCUGCAGAGUCGAAAGUAUUUUCAAACUAUGCCAAUGUUCUUCAGGUGCUCCACUUUCCCCCUCUCAUGGGCGUACGUUCAACCUUUCACUUUUGAAGACAUUCCUCAGACGUCUCCGCUACUAGUGUCUCAUCGUACUGAGAUGUGAUCCAGGCCCGUACUGUGCCAAGCCGUAAUAACGUGUUGUUUGAACACUUUUUUUUUUUUUUUUCCUCCAGCAUGCAUCUCUUUCACCUUUCACCACUCUACUGUAUCACUUUGUAGGCGCUACUGCUUGACCGAGAUCUUUUUGCUGCCUUAUUAAUCCGGAUGUUGGUUGCAGUGGCAUAAACUCUGCUGAAACAGCACUGAUCACUCAAAGUAGGGUUCCACUUUUCAACUGUAAAAUUAAUAUAAAUAAGUAUAAAUAUAUAUAUAUAAAUAACUAUACACAUUUUAUUCAUUGUGUCCAGUUUGUAUAAUACUUGUGAAAUCUUUUUCCCCUCGAGAGGCAUCGUUGCAGCUGCGUCGGGACAGAAUGAAUGAAUGGAUAAAUGUGUGUCUGGGAGAAUUCUGCAUGUUAGCAUGAUAGUUUUCCCUGUUUUCUUUUUGCUUUUUUUAGUUCCUUCUGUCUGGGGGGGAAAAAUUGUACCUUUCUUAGGACGUUGUAGACAAUCAGUCACAUGCUGGGUCCAGCAGCUGCAGGUCCGUCCUGUGGGCUGCAAAACUGUGUUGUUGAUGAUGAUGAUGAUGAUGAUGUUUUCCUCAUCUACUUCAGUCUUAUUUCUCUUGUCCAUUUCAUGGAAAUUAUGUGGCUGCUCAAACUGAACUAGUUCAAGUUUACACAUGUAUACACACACAUACACACACACACCUCUUGUGCAUAUGGCCCCUUCUGUUGCUUGUCUAAGGUGAUGAUGCAGACCUUGAAGGAAGUGAUGCUUUGACUAACAAAUCUCUAUAACAUCCAUGAAUGUGAGAAUGCAACACAUUGCAAUAAAAGCACCAUGUAAAAGUG